AAAUCAAAGUGUUUAUUAUUUACGCCCUCAAAGUGUACAGUAGGGGUGGAUGUUAGCUAGAUCUGCCAGUGUGGGAUAUCGCCAUGACAGAGCUGGAAGAGAGCCAUCAGUUCACUGCAGAAGAUGAAGAAGAGAAGGCAGAGCGGGCGAAAGAGUUUCUGAGCACUCUGAACAGAAAGAGACCGUCCAGGAAACGCUACAAUGUUGGAGCUAGAGUGUCCACAGGUGGUGGUUUAGAUCGCUCUGCACAAUUCACUGCAAGUAGCUCCGCAUUCGAGGCGAGUGCUGCUCCGUUUGGUAACCCCUUCACGACCAGUGUCUCCCCCAGUAAUGUCUCCGUAGAUGGGGCACAUUUGGGAACUGUGGGAGGCGAUUCAAUAUUCAGAGAGAUUAACGAAAAAGAUAGCCUCUCAAAGGUUCGUAACUGUCUUGAGAACACCAUCCCCCAGCCGAUACGCAACUCCCUCCUCCCCCCUCGCACUGCGGCCGGUUGGCGAAGGUUUCUCUUUGUCCACUUGCCCGUCCUCCAUUGGCUGUGGCUAUAUAAACCCAAGCAGAUAAUCGGUGACCUCAUUGCUGGGAUCACUAUAGGAGUCACUCACAUACCCCAAGGUAUUGGUUUUGCACUGCUGGCUUUCCUGCCCCCUGUGUAUGGCCUCUACUCGUCCUUUGUUCCCGUCAUUGUCUACUCGAUCUUGGGUACCUCCAAACACAUCUCAGUGGGCACAUUCCCUGUAGUAGCGCUAAUGGUUGGUAAUGCUAUCACUCGCCUCACUAACGACCUCCCUGAGUGCAUGACCAACUCCACACUUAUGGAGGGCAUGAUGGACAACAGCACUGAUGACCCGUGUGCACUCAGUGACUGUGAUAGCUUGAGGGUGGAGAUUGCAGUCACCAUUAGUCUAAUGGUCGGAAUACUCAUGAUCGUCAUGAGUCUACUAAGGUUUGGGUUCAUCACCCUCUUUCUCUCCGAUGCUCUUGUCAGUGGCUACACAGCUGCUGCAGCCUUUACCAUCUUCAUCACUCAAGUGGCGGCCAUCUUCGGGCUGAACCCUGAGCAAGCAGCUCUGCCAGCUGGGAUGCCUUUCUUUACAACUCCUCAGAGGGUGAUUACGUACAGUCGUCUGAUUUUCACGGGACAGUUGAACUGGGCAGCUGUCAUCACGUCCAUAGUUUGCAUCCUGAUACUAAUAGGACUAGAUUUUAUCAACUCAUUGCUACGGAAGCACGUCAGAGUUAUCCCCCUUCAUAUUCCGGCACAGUUGGUCGUGGUUAUUCUGGCAACUGGGGUGUCGUAUGGUGCUAUGCUCAAUGAAAGGUUCGAGUUGCCAAUCAUCAACAACCUAGGAGGAAUACCAUUAGGGUUGUGUUUUGGAGUGACUCUGCCCAAUGGGAAUCUGCUGACUAGUAUAAUAUCCGAUGCCUUUGUUAUAGCGAUAAUCAGCUUUGUCAUCAACAUCUCUCAAGCCAAACUACUAGCCAAGAAGAACAGCUACACUGUCCAUCCUGACCAGGAAUUUCUGGCAUACGGUUCAAUGAAUCUUGUUGGAGCUUUCUUUGGCAGUUUCCCGACAGCUGGUGCUCUGAGUCGGACUGUGCUACAAGAUGCUACUGGGGGCAACACACAAAUGGUCGGAUUUAUAUCGUCAGUGAUCGUCUUUCUCGUUAUAGAGUUCCUUGGCUCACUGUUUGGGCGACUGCCAAAUGCUGCCCUUGCUGCUAUUGUGGUCGUAGCUCUAAAGGGACUUUAUCUACAAGUACGGGACAUUUACAAGUACUUCAAGCUCUCCUGGGCUGAUAUGUUGGUUUGGAUAGUGGUGUUUGUGGCGACCCUUGUUAUUGGUUUGGACCUUGGUCUGGGCCUGGGGGUGUUGUUCAGUCUCCUGGUGAUUAUCGUACGGACCAUCUUACCUUACUCCCCUCAACUUGGUGAGACAGGGGCGUGGUAUUACCCUCCGGAGGAAAAACUGGCCAACGAUGAUUUCGAUGAAGAAGAGCUGAAGGUAUAUCGUAUUCCCAAGAUCUACAUAUUCCAGUUCAACGCCCCCCUCUACUUUGCCAACUCUGGAGUGUUCAGAUCUCGACUCUACCUCGAGACUACGAUCAACCCCAGUGAACUCAGUGACCCGAAGCAGGGGUGCAUUCAGCAGGGCUGUUUGAAGCUGUGCAAGUGUUGCAGUCGGAGCCAAGUCUCAGAACGAUCAAUCAUCAGUCAAAUGGAUGAUGAAGAUUCAAGUCACUAUAUCAGAUUUGAAGAGAGCAAGCAGUCUCUGCUGUCCAGUACUGAUAGUGAAGAGGAUGAGUUCCCCUACCACACUAUAGUCAUAGACUGUGCACCCAUUGUGUUCGUGGACUCCAUGGGAGCCAACAUCCUGGAACAGAUGGUGAGGGAGUACGACUCGUGUGGUGUGCAGGUACUCCUCUCUGCACCCACCACCCCAGUGUGUGUGGCACUCAAGAACCACGGCUUCUUCAACAGGUUCAGCAGCGAGAGACUGUUCCCCUCCGUCGCAACAGCUGUCAAAUACGCUCGUGAUGGAAACAGAGUGCCUGAGUUGGAGCAGACAGAUGAGCAGGACAUCUCCUUGGCAACAAACCUUGAGAGACAGCUGCUCUAUACGGCACGACCCAGUCUCAUCGACACUAAACCCAUUGAACUCGACCAUCGUGGGAGGUCUCACUCCGUUAGACACACCGUUAGGGAGAGAAAAGAAACGGAGACUGAACUAUGAUCUUUUUAGCUUUUUUAGUUUUUUAUGUCAGUGAGGCAGUUUAUCUAUUUAUAUAGUGCAUCUCUGACAGUGCAUAUAACUUUUGGGUUGUUUUUUG